GAAGGUCAUCAUGGUGGAUUAUAGAAAGCUCGCAGCGCUGUGCGCCUUACUGCUGCCUCUUGUGGCUGGUGCCCUGGUGAAAAGAGCACCAUAUCAGUUUCAGGAGGUAGGUGGCGACGCUGGGGCAGCCGGCGGUGGAACCACACCUGGGUUUAAAAGAUCACCAUAUCAGUUUCAGGAGGUAGGUGGCGACGCUGGGGCAGCCGGCGGUGGAACCACACCUGGGUUUAAAAGAUCACCAUAUCAGUUUCAGGAGGUAGGUGGAGACGCUGGGGCAGCCGGCGGUGGAACUACACCCGGGUUUAAAAGAUCACCAUAUCAGUUUCAGGAGGUAGGUGGCGACGCUGGGGCAGCCGGUGGUGGAACCACACCUGGGUUUAAAAGAUCACCAUAUCAGUUUCAGGAGGUAGGUGGCGACGCUGGGGCAGCCGGCGGUGGAACUACACCCGGGUUUAAAAGAUCACCAUAUCAGUUUCAGGAGGUAGGUGGCGACGCUGGGGCAGCCGGCGGUGGAACCACACCUGGGUUUAAAAGAUCACCAUAUCAGUUUCAGGAGGUAGGUGGAGACGCUGGGGCAGCCGGCGGUGGAACUACACCUGGGUUUAAAAGAUCACCAUAUCAGUUUCAGGAGGUAGGUGGCGACGCUGGGGCAGCCGGUGGUGGAACCACACCUGGGUUUAAAAGAUCACGUGAGUUCACGUCCUGGCACGUGAUUUAAACUGCGCCAAAAUCACCGUUCCGCUACAUUUAGUGCAAUAACGGGCCGUUAUGUUUUCAUUUGGGUAUUAGGCCUGUGAUAUAUUUUGGACAUUCUCUUGGGUGGAAUCACA